AGAGGCGACGUUGGAUUCGGAAUGUCAGAAACGGACAGAUCGGUCGCUUUUUGCAUUAAUUUAUUAGUCGGUGCGGAGUUUAAUCAAAUCAUAACGCAUCCAUUGUCUAGCUUCCUAUAGGAAAUACGCUUGCUUAACCUCCGGGCAUUUAUUUAUUGUGUUCCGAGUUACCAGUUACCAAAGGCCAACGAACAUUACACUGCCAAUUAAAGUCGAGUGCGAAUAAAUAUGUUUUUAUAAUAGGCACAUUGCUGAGAAUCUGCCCACCCACUAUUGUUCAAAUUUCUUAUCGGAUUUGAAUCGCGGUCAAAUGUUCUGUUUACGCAGUCAUUGUAAAUGCUGAAACCUGAUCCUCCGGUUAGCAUAAGUCUAAUUACUGGGAAUCCCGAAGUAAAUAGAAAUUUAGCCUAAUUUACACAGCCCUUUCUUGCCAAGCUCCCCGUGUCGGGUUCCAAUUUUCCCUUAUAACUGGAGCCCCAUAAAAAGCAUACACUUAGAUAAGAUCUACCUGUGCCGCGUUAUUUGGGGUCUGGGUCGCAGCUCAUUGAGUGCGGAGCUCUCGACGCGAACGGUUGAUCCGAUCUCUGAUGUUCUGAUCUCUCGGGGUGUCGUGUUUAUAUUACUGCUCUGAUUCCGAACCGCCGAUUAGCGUCAGUUGCAAUCACCGCGUAUCAGCAGGGUAAUUCAAUCAGUGCGAUAUGGUGGGAAAAGUUGUACGCCUUGCGCUGCUGAUGCUCCUUGCCGCCUGGACGGAGGAGGGCCUGGCACUGACCGAAUCCUACGAGAAUCUCAACACGCUCAAGGUGUGGCUGACCAUCAGUGCCCGCAAGCGGUUCCUGGAGGUCUCGUGGAGCAAUGCACCGGCGAACAAGGGUGACCAAGUGCUCGUGACGAGGGAGGAUGCUCUCAGCUUCCAAACCCAACUCCUGCGCAAACACACUCCGCUGGCGGCAUUUCCCAGCGAGGAGGGAAGUGGCUCCGGCGAUGGAUCCCCCAGCUACGUGCCCAUCAGUGGGUUCACCGCGAGACCGGAGAGCAAAUCGGCCACCAGUGAGGUGGAGCAGAAGUACUGGGUGGCCAAUGGAGGAGCUACCGAGGUUGUGGCUGCCAUUCAGCCAAGUCAGGGCCUGACCACCCAGUGGUUCACCACGGGAUUACCAUUUGAUUAUGCCUUGUCCCAGAAUGUGACGGUGCAGACUGACUGCUACGGAUUCUGGGCCAGCUACAUCGAUGCACAGGGCAAUAUCCUGGCCAAAACCUGCCUGAGAGUGUUCCCCCGUUGGAUGAACGAUCUGAAGUCCAAGAUAGGAGAGAUGCGCCUGCGAGAUCUCUUCAUUCCUGGCACCCACGACUCCGGCUCAUAUCGUCCCAACUUCGAUCCGCUGCUCCGAGAAAGUCUGGUGACCAAGUAUGCUCUCACCCAGGACGACGACAUCCGGGGACAGUUGAUGCACGGAGUCCGCUACUUGGACAUACGCGUGGGUUACUACCGGAACUCACCCGAUCCGUUCUUCAUCUACCACGGGAUCACGAAACAACGUCCACUGCAGGAAGUGAUCAAUCAGGUUCGGGACUUUGUCUAUGAAACCAACGAGAUUGUGAUUUUCGGACUCAAGGAGUUCCCAGUGGGUUUUGGGAAAGGACUUGGAGUUCACCGUCUGCUGAUCAGCUAUUUGCGGGAUCAGUUCCACGAUCUGAUAGCCCAUCCUUCGCUGACGUGGAGCGCCUCCCUGCGGGACAUUUGGGCCCGGAAGCAGAACGUCUUCCUCGCCUACGACCAUGAGGGCAUGGUGGAGGAGUUCCCAGAUGUCCUGUUCGGGUCCGUGGAGCAGCGCUGGGGAAACAAGCAGACGUGGGCCAAACUGGAGACCUAUUUGCGCAACAUCAAUGACUUCGAUGUGUCACGGUUCUCCAGUCGCCCGGUGUCCGAUAUGGCGGAGCUGACCCCGGAGACCUGGGACGUCAUUUUGGACAAGAUCGGUGGACUGCGCAAGAUGGCCGACAACGUGAAUUGGCGCAUCUCCCAGUUGUACCGGAAUGAACUGGGCACGAAUGCGAAUAUAGUAUCGGCGGAUUUCAUAAGAGUCACUACUCUUGUGGAAACGGCGAUUGAAUAUAAUGCCCGUAAGAUUUAUAUGUAG